AAUAUUUUGCGUAAUUCUUUGCGAAAAAAAUAAUUUGCCAGCAAUAUUAGUGAAUUAAGUGGUUUCCUGUUACUCCCCACGUCCUGGUGAUCUCUAGCAAACCAGCAGGAGUGUCUGGGCAGAAGAUCCGCACACGAGUGGGGAGUUACUUGUGUAAAACAAAAAGAUGGAUGAUUUGUCGCAGACGGACUACAUUUGUCGUGUUUGCCGUUGUGAAGGCCAGUCCGACCUUUUCCACCCAUGCAUCUGCACUGGGAGCAUCAAAUGGAUCCACCAGGACUGCCUAAUGCAGUGGAUGCGGUACUCACGGAAGGAGUAUUGCGAGCUAUGCGGCCACAGGUUCUCCUUCACUCCCAUCUACUCACCUGACAUGCCAAGGGUGCUGCCGCUGAGAGAUGUGGCUGGUGGGCUUCUUAGUUCCAUCGCCACGGCGGUCAAGUAUUGGCUCCACUACACUCUGGUGGCCCUUGCCUGGCUGGGAGUGGUGCCCUUCACCGCCUACCGCACCUACAGAUUCCUCUUCUCCGCUUCAUAUGAUAUGCUUUUGUCGCUGCCCAUCAAUAUGUUCUCUACUGAGAACAUCGCAGCGGACGUUUUCAGGGGCUGUUUCGUGGUCACGUGCACCCUCUUCUCCUUCAUCGGGCUGGUGUGGUUGCGAGAGCAAAUCCUCCACGGUGGUGGCCCUGAUUGGCUGGAAAGGGAUGAUGCUCCAGUGCAGGAGCCACCGAAUCCUCCUCCGGCGCCGCCAAUGGAGCAAGAAGAAAAUCUGGUGGAGGCUAAUAACAACAUCAACAACAACAAUAACAACAAUCUUGUGCCGCCAAAUGUGAUGCAGGAAGAUAAUCCGCCCAGAGCCAGGUUUCCUCAGGUUGCUCCCGUGGAUCGACCAAUGGAUCGCGCAGAGCCUCCAGUGGUGGAUCAGGAGGAGCCAGAAAUUGAGCAAGAAGCAGUCGGAGACGAAGCCAAUUGGAAUCCAAUGGAAUGGGAUAGGGCUGCUGAGGAACUGACUUGGGAGCGUCUUCUUGGCCUCGAUGGAUCAAUGGUGUUUCUGGAGCAUGUUUUCUGGGUAAUCUCCCUUAACACGCUCUUCAUCUUUAUUUUUGCCUUCUGUCCCUACAGUAUUGGCAAUUCGGCAAUAUUCCUGCUGGGCAUCUUGAAGCCCGGAAAGCCCCAGAUGCACUUUCACGGAUUGCUCACUACUCUGCUGGGCUACUGCAUUAUCGGGAUAACUUUGGUUAAAUUACACGCCUUGGCGAAAUUCUUCAAGAUGAGGAAGAGCCGUAGAAUCCUGGGUCUGUGCUAUAUUGUGGUGAAGGUAUCCCUCCUGUCUGUGGUGGAGAUUGGCGUACUUCCUCUGGCCUGUGGAUGGUGGUUGGACAUUUGUUCCCUGCCCAUGUUCGAUGCUUCUCUGAAGGAUCGCAAAGCGAGCUUCAAAGCAGCCCCGGGAACAUCCCUCUUCAUUCACUGGAUGUUUGGAAUGGUCUACGUGUACUAUUUUGCAUCUUUCAUCAUUCUUCUGAGGGAGGUGCUUCGACCAGGAGUGUUAUGGUUUCUUCGCAACCUCAAUGACCCGGAUUUCAGUCCCAUACAGGAAAUGAUCCACUUCUCCAUUCUGAGACACAUACGACGCUUAGUGGCAUCUGCCAUUAUCUUUGGUUCUGCUGUUCUCCUUAUGCUCUGGCUACCAAUUAACAUCCUGAAGAAUGUCUGGCCAACUUUUCUCCCUUAUACACUUUCUGGAGAUUCUGAAGUGAAUGAACUCAGUCUUCAACUGCUGCUCUUGCAGAUUAUCCUCCCGGGCUUCUUCGAGCAAUCCCAGACGCGAGUGUGGCUGAAAGGCUUUAUCAGAAUCUGGUGUAGUGUCGUCUCUUGGAUUUUGGGCAUUCGCAGUUACCUUCUAGGUAAUGAAGAUCAUCAACAGAAUGCCGGCAAUGAUGACGGUCAGCGGAAUGCUCCGGAGGCUGGACAGGGCUUGGGAGCUGCUCACCAGGCACUCCUGCACCGUGACGUGCCCGUGGGCUUUCAGCCCUACGAUCGUCCUUCAUAUUUCAUCCUCAGACUAGUUGGACUUAUUUGUUUCAUGUGCGUGAGCCUCGUAAUAGGAUCUCUGCUCACUCUGACGAUACCAGUGUGGAUUGGUCGACAGUGCAUGGCUCUGUGGUCAGUUGGGGGUCACAUAUCGCAGACUCCUGUGGCUGAGGAGGUCCCUCCUCGUCCUCAUGAGCUCUACACAGCCGCCAUGGGGACGUAUCUGUGCUGGAUCAUUUCACGGGGAAUUGCCAUCGCUGUGAAUCUAUUCCCGCAGGGUCGCCAGGCGGUGAUGCAGAAGAUCAAGCACUGGAUGAGCAUUGGAGCUUCUUACGCUAUGGCGGCAGUAAUAUUCGUGCUGAUGUUUGGCGUUGUUCCACUUCUUUACGGACUACUACUGGAACUCGUGGUGGUUGUGCCACUGAGAGUGCCUCUGGAGCAGACACCAAUCCUCUUCCUGGGACAGGAUUGGGCACUGGGCGUACUGUAUACCAAGAUCACAUGCGCUCUGACACUCAUGGGACCCGAUUGGGCCCUCAAAAGAGCCAUCGAGCGUGCCUAUCGCGACGGAUUGCGUGAUAUCGAUCUGAAAUUCAUCAUCAAGGAUCUGGCAGCACCGGUGAUAAUGUGCUUCGGAUUGGCUCUGGCAGUGCCCUACGUUCUGGCUCACUCAAUCUUGCCAAUGUUCUUUACUAAUCAGCACACGAGGACUCUUCUUGCGCGACGAAUCUACCCAUUUUUCCUUAUUGUGGCCGUUGUCAUUGGAAUAAUAGUGUUUCAGAUACGACAAUUCAAAAAGCUGUACGUGGCCAUCAAAAAUGAUAAAUACCUUGUGGGCCAGAGACUCGUUAAUUAUGACCACAGGAAGAGGAGAGCUGAGGCGGCCGCGGCUGCAGCUGCUGCUGCUCAAGCGCAAAUGAUGUAAGACAAUGAUAAUUGUUACUCCGCUGAUAAAUAGCAGGCAAAAGAUGCAUAAAUUUCCAAAACAUGAAUGUUUUUCUUUUGGUAAAUCUGUGAGAAAUGAAGAUAUCAGAUGAAAAAAUAUUGUUGCAACUUCUAUCUUCACAUUUUUAGGCAUUACUUUUUAUCACAAUAAUGAGAACUGAUUAGGAAUAUUCUACUAAUUUUCUCACUAUUAUAAUUUAUAAAAGAUGUUACGAAAUGUUUUUAGUGAUAGAUAUUAUUCAAUUUUAUUUUCCGUAAAUACGCAUUAGUUCUCAUUUUGUUUCCAAAUUUUCUUUUCAGUUUUCGAGAAAAAUGUAAAGUUUAGGUAAUUUUAGAGAGAAUAAAUAAGUUUAAGUCCAAAUUAUGUACAUAACAGAAAUGUGUGAAUUAUCUUGAAAUAAUUACAUUAUCGAAUAAAAGUGACAUUUUUAAUUAGAAGCAAGGAAAA